UUGCAUUCGCUUCCAUCUCUCCGUCCCAAAUGAACUAAAAUGGUUGUUCGGAGUCGCCGGGACUCGAACUUCUGCCAUUGCCUAUAUUUUUAUAGACAAAGAAAUAUGUCACGUCGGCGUUGAUGCGUCCUCGAUGUUGGUCUCGUCUCGUCUCCUGAGCAUCGGAACCAUCAAAACCUCACGCUUUGUCUCGUCGGCUACGUCUCCUUCCUUAAACCCUCCGAAGCCCAACGCUGAGUUCACCGAUCUCUGCUCUUCAGGGCACCUGAAAGAAGCCUUCGAGAGGUUCAAAUCCAAAAUAUGGUCCAACCCGAAUCUCUUCUCCCACCUCCUGCAAGCAUGUAUUCCCAAGAACUCACUUCCCUUGGCCAAGCAGCUCCAUUGCCUGAUAAUCACCGCAGGGUGCUCCUCGGACAAGUUCGUGUCCAAUCACCUGAUGAACCUGUACUCCGAGUAUGGAGAGUUGGAACAGGCCGAGGCUUUGUUCGACUGCAUGCCGAGGAGAAAUGUGAUGUCUUGCAACAUACUGUUGAAGGGGUACGUGAAGAUGGGGGAUUUGGAAGGUGCCCGGAAAUUGUUUGACGGAAUGCCCGACAGGAAUGUCCCCUCUUGGAACGCGAUGAUCACGGGGUUUAUGCAGUUCAGGCGCAAUGAGGAGGCAUUGGAUUUGUUUUCCCAGAUGCAUAAAGAAGGUUUCUUGCCUGAUGACUUCACUGUGAGUAGCGUCCUUGGGGGCUGUGCUGGGCUGAGGGCCAUAUAUGCUGGGCAGCAAGCUCACUCAUACGUGAUAAAAUGUGGGCUCGAGCUGAAUAUGGUGGUGGCUAGCUCGUUGGCUCACAUGUACAUGAAAUGUGGGAGUUUAGGGCAAGGAGAGGUUGUUAUAAGAUCAAUGCCGGUCCGACACGUGGUGGCUUGGAACACCCUUAUCGCAGGAAAGGCCCAGAAUGGGUCCCCAGAGGGGGUCUUGGACCAGUACAACAUGAUGAAGAUCGCGGGACAGAGACCUGAUAAGAUUACCUUUGUGAGUGUGUUGAGUGCCUGCUCGGAUUUAGCCACAUUGGGACAGGGGCAACAGGUUCACGCUGAGGCAAUUAAAGCAGGGGCUAGUUCUGUAGUUGGAGUGGGGAGUUCUUUGAUUAGCAUGUAUUCAAGGUGCGGUUGCCUGGAAGAAUCGGUGAAGGCCUUCUCAGAAUGCAAAAAAAAAGAUGUCGUUCUCUGGAGCUCGAUUAUUGCUGCACAUGGUUUCCAUGGGAAAGGGGACAGAGUGAUCGAGUUGUUUGAGCUAAUGCAGGAGGAAGAAGUAGAGGUUAAUGAAAUUACCUUCUUGAGCUUGCUUUAUGCUUGUAGCCACUGCGGCUUGAAGGAUAAGGGAGUCGAGUUCUUUGAUAUGAUGGUAAAGGAGUACGGUCUGAAACCAAGGAUAGAGCACUACACCUGUAUGGUGGAUUUGCUCGGAAGAUCGGGGAGUUUACAUGAAGCCAAGGCAACAAUUAGGACAAUGCCCUUGAAACCUGAUGCUGUCAUAUGGAAGACUCUUCUGUUUGCUUCCACAAUCCACAAGAAUGCCGACAUGGCGAAGAGAGCUGCUGAGGAAGUUCUCAAGCUUGAUCCUCGGGAUUCGGCCUCUUAUGUGCUUCUCUCAAACAUACACGCUUCUGCUAAGAGGUGGAACAAUGUUUCUGAAGUCAGGAAGUCCAUGAGAGAUCAGAAUGUGAAGAAGGAACCUGGGAUAAGCUGGGUCGAGAUCAAGAACCGAGUUUACCAGUUCAUUAUGUUUGAUAAAGCCCAUCCACAUUAUGCGGAUAUCAAUAUAUAUCUUAACGAGCUUAUCGCAGAAAUGAAACUGAGGGGUUACAUACCUGAUAUGGGAUCAGUCUUGCACGAUAUGGAUAAUGAGGAGAAGGAGCACAACUUAGCUCACCACAGUGAGAAGUUGGCCAUUGCCUUUGCUUUGAUGAACACUCCCGCUGGUUCGCCAUUAAGGGUUAUGAAGAACUUGCGGGUCUGUGGAGAUUGCCAUGUUGCUAUCAAGUAUAUAUCAGAGAUCAAAGGCCGGGAAAUUAUUGUUCGGGAUUCGAGUAGGUUUCAUCAUUUCAAGAAUGGGAGCUGUUCAUGUGGGGAUUACUGGUAAAGCAAGCUCCCGGAUGUACGAUUUUAUUUAUUUAUCUCAUUCGCUGAUCUCAUUCUGCAUUUGUUGACAACUGAUGUAAAUGUUCGGCAUCAUGAUGGACUUAAGUAAACAUGAGAAAACAACCUUCUCUUUGA